UAAGUUACUCCCCACUAUGACCAGCCUGAGGGCCAGUCGCCGCGGCACCCCACUCCGUGGGUGCUGCGAGAACCUCAAAUCAAUACAAGUCAAGUAUGAAGGGCAUGAUGUCGCUCAUCUGACGGUUGCCGCAUUGAGGGGGAUUCCAAAGAAUGCGGUCAAGUUGCACCGUGGCGGCCAAAGACCAACCAGCCCCGUUGAGUGGCUCGACUGGAUGCAGCGCAUUGUCUCCUGCAGCAGCCAUGCCAUUGGCCUAAGCCAGCGACAAGCAGCUGCUGCCAACGCCAUCGCCUCUCUGUCAGACACUGACGAGGAGCACGAGUCCACUACUUGGAAGCACCUUGCCAGCAAGAAGCAUGCGAGGGACAUCGCCUUGAAGGCGCGACGAAGGGGGCGCCGCCUAGCCUGAUUCUGAAGAUCGAUCGGUGCGCAAGGUGGACAAGCUAAUAAGCAGGGCACUGCACACUGAAACCCUUCAAGGCCAUUUGCCAUCUUACUUUCUCCGAAAAGGGAUCUUCUUCUACACACGUUGGUUGAAAAAAAAAAUGUGUGCUUAUAUUUCUCUGUGUGCAAGCGAUGAAAAUAAGCUUUUGUUUGUGUCCUGGUGGAAACAUUUUAUUCAUUCCAUGGACACAUU